UUUGGAGAAUAGCGAAUAAUUGUUUUAUUGCGCGUUAGAUAAAUAUAACGGGCUUUUAGAGAAUUUUUUUCGUUUAGUAGAUACUUGGAAAAGCGUUGAUUGUCCGUUGAUUUUACAAACACAUUGUACUAUUAUAUCAAAAUGUCAUCGGAAUCUGAUUCUGAUUAUUCACAGCUAUCUGAAAGCAUGUCAGAUAGCUUUGGCAGCGAAAGCGAGGUGUCGGAUAAUGACGACAGUGGAAGCACCUCCUCUACCUCCUCCAGAACUUGGUGUGAUGUCAGCUUAGAAAACCCUCCUGCAGCUCCUCCGCGAUUUCCCUUUCAGGGAACUCCAGGAUGCAACUUCACUUUAGAUAAUUACUUCGACCCUCUCGCGUAUUUUUUGUUAUUUUUUGAUUUAAAUCUUAUCACGACAAUAGUAACGGAAACGAACCGCUUCGCGAUGCAACAGGCACGGGCAUCAACAGAUACAUGGGAGCCAGUAUCUAUAGAAGAAAUGUUUGUAUUUUUAGCAAUAUGUAUAAUGGAAGGCAUUCUGUACAAACCGGAUGAAAAAAUGUACUGGUCUAGGAAUGAACUGUUUCUAACUCCUUCAUUUAGUAAACUAAUGACCAAAAAAAAAUUUCUAACCAUAAAAAAGUAUUUACAUUUCGCUGACACAGACACAUUCGACCCAGAAACUCACCCUAACCCAAAACUAAACAAAAUUUGGCCACUAAUUGAACAUUUAAAUUUUAAAUUCUCCACUCUGUACACACCAGAAGAAGACAUAACUGUUGACGAGAGCCUGCUCUUGUUCAAAGGCCGUCUUUCAUGGAAACAGUACAUUCGUAGCAAACGGGCACGUUUUGGUAUAAAAUUUUAUAACUUGUGUGAAUCUUCCUCGGGGUACUUGUGGAAUUUUACAAUUUAUACAGGUAAAGGAACUGUACUGAACGAAAAAUACAAAAAUAUGCCGUUAACUACCCAAAUCGUGCUUACUUUAGUAGAACCGUUGUUAGGCAAAGGAUACUGCCUAACAACAGAUAACUUCUAUACAUCGCCACAGUUAGCAGAUUAUCUACUGAGUUUCCAAACCGAUUAUUGUGGAACGCUCCGCUUAACAAGAAGAGACGUUCCAAACGAAAUUCAAAGAAAAAAAUUGAAAAAAGGGGAGACUGUGGCAAUGCAGAGAGGAAAAGUAUUAAUCCAAAAGUGGCAGGAUAAGAAAACUGUUACAAUGCUCUCUACAUUCCACAGUCCAAAAUUAAUUAGUACACAAACUCGGAGCGGAACACAAGUAAUGAAACCGGAAUGUGUCCUCCAUUACAAUCAGAAAAUGGGAGGUGUUGAUCUUUUAGAUCAACAUAUCCAUAAUUAUCAUCUGGCAAGGAAAAGGGGCAAAAAGUACUACAAAAAAAUAUUUUUUCAACUGUUAGACCUCUCAAUAUAUAACGCGCACGUUUUAUAUAAAAAAAAUGGUGGGGAAAGAAAUAAUUUAUCUUUCCGUAUGAAUUUAGUAGAUCGCCUGGUAAUGACUUAUCGCACUGAAACGAUGAUCGGCCAACAUAGUCGAACGAGGACUCCAGGCCCUCUUAGGCUAGUUGAAAGGCAUUUCCCGGCGUUUAUUCCCCCAACAGAAAAAAAAGCAAACCCAACGAGAUGCUGUGCUGUCUGUUGCAACAGACGCGAUGACAGCGGAAAGAAAAUACGUAAAGAAACACGGUAUUGGUGCCCAAAAUGUGAGGUUGCACUAUGUCCUGCACCGUGUUUUGAAAUUUACCACACGAAAUUAUAUUUUUAACUUUUAUGUAAAAGGCAAAAUUUCAAAUUUUAUAUACAUUUUAUUUUUUUCGUAGUAUAUUGUCUUUUUUUUAUCUUAUAUUGUAUUUUUAUGAUUCAAUUUUUGUAUUUUUAUCAUUGUGUCUUUUAUAUAUUAUUUUUAAAUAUCUUUUAUCUCAUUAAAUUUAUUUUUAUUAAAUGUUUUGUCAUGUUUAUUUUUUAAAUUAUUAUUUAUCUACUCUACUCACGGAUGGCAGCUUCCCAGCAAACAACGAACCUAUACAGAAAAGCUGCCAUCGCAGGGAUGGGAUGCCCCUGUAAAGUGGGCUGUCGUGAUGGAAAGACUCCAUUUAGGAACCAUCCAAGGCGCGAACACAAAAACUGUUUAAAACUUUUUUUUAAAUUAAAAUACACUUUUUUUCUUUAUUAUUUAAUAGCAAGGCAA